AUGCCCCGCAAGUGGCCGGUCGAUGAUGAUGGGGAACGCCUGCCCGAAGGGGUGAGGCGGACGGGGUACGAUGCCGACACGCAGACGUACACGUACGAAGGCGCUGACGGCACCACCUACACGGGUCGGCCUGGUCAGCGGUUCGGGGAACUCACCCGAACUGGCGGACCGAGCCAGAUCCCGCGCCCGACAUCUUCUGCCUCUUCCCGGCAUUCUCAACCACAAAUCCUGGCGAAUGAGGGCUCUCUACGGAAAACCCCAUCGCCAUCAUCAACUUAUUCCACCCCAACCACUCCCGACGACCACACAAACUCCUCCUCCGGCGAUAGGCGGUCCCCGCAAGGAACACCACCAUCGUCGUCAUCAUCACCUCCCUUCAACGCGAGACGCAACAAAACGUUCAGCGCGAUUCUCGAUUACAACACCACCACAACCACCACCUCGACCCCCACCUCCUCCAUUCCCGCGGCCACCCACGCCGCCACCUAUCCCCUAGAGAGGUCAUCCAAACAACACAACGGGCCGACUGUGGGGGAUGCCGCUAAGGAGCUCUCCAGGAGCACCGGGAGCCUCUUCCGGGAGCUGUCCCUCUGGGCCCUGCUGGCUCUCAGCAAGCGCAUCAGAAAGCGGGCAGAGUCCAUCCGGGCGGCUCGCGAGCGGAAGCGGUGA